GUCAAUAUAUUCUCCGAGUGUCGAUCCUAGCCUCUCAAAUCUUUUGCUCAUAUCCAAUCUUCUCAACGUUUCUCUCAUGAAUAUCAUCUUUGCGUUCCUUGCAGUCCUUGCGACUUCCUUGGCGGCGGUACGUGGUGAAGUUCAGUCCUACGGAAAGGGUGGCCAUCCGGACCACUUGGACGACCAGGAGAGGGCGAGAGCUUUAGCGGGUAUGAUGAUGACUGUCAACCGAGAACGGAUGAUGAUCAUACCAAAUAGAGUGCGUAUGAUGAUGACUGUCAACCGAAAACGGAAGAUGAGCUACAAUCGAAAGAGGAAGACUCCUACCGAUCCGCCGACUUCGGCUCCGACUAUGAAGCCCACCGGCGCUCCGUUAGAAAUACCAGUCAAUGUCCCAACUUUGAUGCCUGCUCCAUCUCCGACUGCAGCCCCAACCUUGAUGCCAACUCCAUCUCCAACUGUAUUCCCAACUUUGAUGCCGUCGUCGAUGCCCUCGUUGGAACCUUCUUCAGUGCCUUCUUCUGUUCCGUCUUUGUCCUCGAUUCCGUCGUCGAUGCCGUCGUCAAUUCCGUCAUUGAUGCCGUCGUCAAUGCCCUCGGUAGCACCACCACCCCCUGGAACCAGCUGGGUAACCAUAAGCAGUGCGGCCGACAAUGCCUGGUUUGGAGUUACCUACGGCAACGAAAUCUUUGUGGCAGUCUCUGAGGAUGGCGACAAGCGUGCCAUGACCAGUACGGAUGGCGAAACCUGGACUCUACCGGAAAGUGUACCAUUAAACACUUGGUAUGGCGUCACUUUUGGAAAUGGAACGUUUGUUGCAGUGGCCACAGAUACCACCAUGUACAGUUCGAAUGGCAUGGAUUGGACCAGUGCGACCGGUGUGCCCAGCGGUUCUUGGAAUGCCAUCACCUACGGAAACGGAUUGUUUGUCGCCGUAUCCGUCGGUGGCGGCAAUCGCGUCAUGACCAGUUCCGACGGCAUGGCUUGGACGAGUCGUACCAGUGCGGCCGACAAUUCGUGGUUAAGCGUCACGUACGGGAAUAACAUGUUUGUGGCAGUCUCUCGUGAUGGAGCGAACCGGGUCAAGACCAGUCCCGACGGGGAGAGUUGGACGGCUCGUACCGCUGCGGCAGCCAAUGACUGGAGAAGCGUCACGUACGCCAAGGAAAAGUUUGUCGCCGUGUCCGCCGAUGGCGACAACCAAGUCAUGACGAGUACAAAUGGCGAAACCUGGACAAGUCCGACCACUGCGCCGCCAUCUGCUGGUUGGCGUAGUGUGACGUUUGGUGGCAACACAUUCGUCGCCGUCGCGGCCUCUGGCGACGGCAGUCGCAUCAUGACCAGUCCGGACGGCGAGAGCUGGACCCCACAGACGACUCCCGCAGCGAACAGCUGGCAAAGCGUGACUUUUGGCGCGAACAAGUUUGUGGCGGUAUCCAGUAGUGGCACGGGCAAUCGAGUCAUGACCGGGUAGGGUUUCGGGGCUCCCGUGUAGAAAACCCCUACGUCAAGCGGUACAUGAGGGGUUCAUAUCCCUAAGC